CGUCGUUAUUAAGCUGAACAAAAGACAUUCAUUUUGCCCCAAAUUGUGCGAUUUGGAAGAUUCCUCACACUUCCUCCUUUGGAAAAAUGGAUUCCCUUGAUCAUUUAAAGGGUAGCAAUACCGAUGAUCAAAUGAUGGAGAUUGGAACUGUUGAUCAGCCUGAACCACAGAAACAAAUAUGGUCUGAGAAAAAGCAGGCUGCAGUUCAUGAAGAAAUAAAGAGAAUGAACCAACUGCCUGCAAACAGUACCUAUGUUAUACAUCGUCUGAAGGUUCUUCAUACAAUUAUGCAACUUAUGUCUAUUCAGAGAACUGUAUCACAGGAGGAGGAGUUGGAUUUGCUUUUUGCUGGUCUGUCUUUGUGAAAGAAUUAUUACUCACGAUGGUUUGAAAUUUGGUAACUACGUUGUGGGGGUGUUGAGCAUUAUUUAUGGAUCUUGAAGACUAAAAGAUUAAGAAAAGGCUUGUUUACAGUUUGUAUAUAUCGCAUUUAGCCGCACAAUAUGGUAACUGAGUCAGUUAAGCUUGAUUGAUAAAUUGGCUUAGCAUAAGCAACAUUGUCUACUCUUUUUUAACUACUUUUGAUGUAAUAGUAAUACAUCACAUUGCAAGUUGCAACCUUGCUGCCUCUUUUCCUUUCCCUGGCUCGUAUCAUUCAUGUUUCAUGCCAUGGAGGAACUUUUUGAUUGGGUCAGAGAGUAGUUACUUGGAAUAGUUGGGCGGCUAAAAUUGUAGAGGUAGGGAAUUAGCUUAAAUAGGAGGGGAGGGUAGAAGUAUGGGGGAUUUCAGAUUUUUUAGUUUGAAAAAACAGAACAGUGACUCAGUUGUAAGGAAAAACCUUCGAGGUUUCUUUCCAAAGGUAGAAUACCUCUUAACGUAGAGAAUUGUAGCCAAGCAAGCAGCUAUAGAGAAUACCGAUAAUGUAGAUAUAGUUAAAGAGAAAUCUGUUUGUACUGAAAAGCUCUUGGUGAUCUAAAGAAGGGUAAAAUAUAAGGUCUUGGCUAUAAGUCUUCUAUUAUAGGUGGCUUGCAUCAUUUACCAGCCGGAUAACAUGCUCUCCUUCUGUUAUGAGGUGGAAUGUAACUUUGGCAGACAUGCGCACACAAGCAUGGAAAUCUGUAUGCAAAGGUACACGUAGGAUUGAAAGAACAUAUUCAGAAGCAAAUUCAGGAGAUGCUGGUUGCACCAGUUCCACAUGCAAAAGCAAUUUUGAUUGAAGAUAUUGAUCAGCUUAUGCAUGCAAUUCAGCCAAGUUCACAAGUUUCCUGAUCACAUUCACAGCUGCAUGUUGUUGGUUCUAGUGGCUGUGGCUCAUCAUGGUUUUUUAUUGAACUAUGACAUAGGCUUGAUGAAUUAUAAAUGUAUUUCACGGUUGUUGUAGCUCAUCAUAUGUAUUCUGUGCCCACACCGCAUAACUUCGUUGAGUGAUAUUUGUAAAAAAACAUUAGGAUAUAGUUAAUGAUAUUUCUUAAGGAUACUAGUAGUCUAUUACACUCAAAAUCGAAGGAAUUGU